AAAGUAUGGAGAGAGAGAGAGUUUUCACUCUCCCAACUCCCAAGGCUGCUGGUGCUGCUGCAGCAGCUUAUGCACUGCCACCAAAAGUUGUGGUUCUAAGUUCAAAGAGAGAAGAGCAGCAGCAUCAGUGCAUAACCAGGGCACUUUUGAAUUGAUCUCUCAGUCUUCCUUCUCAUCUUCCACCGAUACCAUCUUUGAUUAACCUCAAAGUCUAAUCCCUACCAGUCCACUAGCUACUAUUUCUUUUUCAGGGUCGUGACGACAGAGAAAGACCCACCCCUUCUUUGUACAUUUGCGUUUCGCUUCCAGACAUUUAUGCCACCACCAUUAUAUUACUAAGAUAUUCAUCCACCCAUUAUUGCUCUCUUUUAACAAAAGUCCACACAAAAUUCAUUCUUCCUACAGUUUCUCCAGGUCCUUUAAGUAGUUUUUAGGGAGUUGAGUGUUUUCUACCAUGGAUACAUCUGAAGCAACUAAGGUGGUUUUCUCAAGGAUCCAAACUUUGGACCCAGCAAAUGCCUCAAAAAUCAUGGGGUACCUUUUCUUGCAAGAUCAUGGUGCGAAGGAGAUGAUACGCUUAGCCUUUGGACCAGACACCAAUCUUCUUAAUCUCAUCCUCAAAGCCAAAACCCACUUGGGACUCCCCUCAAACACUACCUCUUCACCCUCCUCUCCUUUGCCCUUCAACCCAAUCUCAAGGUCAAGAAACACAUCGAAUAGCUUUGACAUCCCAAACCCAUCUUCCUCUUCCGCAAACCCUUGGCAUCGUACUGGCUUUUGCACUCCUCUCUCUUACGCCAGUGUUGUCAAAGAAACCAGUGAUAUUGGUCCCGGCUCAUUUUUAUCUUCUGCAUUGCCGUAUAGUUCUACUGACCUCAUUGAUGACUACCAGCUUCAAGACCAUCUUGCUUUCGUCAACGAUUCCAAGAUCGAUGAUUUGCUCGAUCGGCGACUUGGGGUAACCGGGAGUCCGAGCGCUUAUGCUGAAUCCUUGUUGCACGCGCGAAGCUACUUGUCUUCAGGCGUGUCUUCUAGGUCCGAAGAUGCAAGCUCUGGGCUUGGAUGGAAGCCAUGCUUGUAUUUCGCCAGAGGGUGUUGUAAAAAUGGCAGCAGUUGCCGGUUUCUCCAUACUGAUUCCUUGGAUGCUACUGCUAUUGUUGGUUCGCCGAGCAAAUUCAAUGAGUUAGAACAAGAGUUCCUCAGAUCAAAAGCCUUUCACCAACAAAAGCGGGCCACGGCUUCGCAGUUGAUGGCUGGAGCUUCUUUCCCUUACAAUAAUUGCCUGAGUUUUCUAUUGCAGCAACAAAAUGAUGUCCAGAGAUCGGCGGCAGCAUCAGCAUUUAUGGAGGAUGAGCUUCACCAGUUUGGGCGCUACCGGCCUGAAAAGAAUGAUUUUUCGUCCAUGGGACUGGGAGGAAUGGCGCAUCCUGGCUCGAGACAGAUUUACUUGACAUUCCCAGCUGAUAGUGCUUUCAGAGAGGAAGAUGUUUCCAACUACUUCAACAUUUAUGGACCUGUGCAAGAUGUGAGGAUUCCAUACCAACAGAAGCGAAUGUUUGGGUUUGUUACAUUUGUCUAUGCGGAGACGGUGAAGAUCAUUUUGGCGAAAGGGAAUCCUCAUUUUGUUUGUGAUUCCCGUGUGCUUGUUAAGCCUUAUAAGGAGAAGGGAAAGAUACCGGACAAGAAGCAGCAGCAACAUUUGGAGAGGGGAGAGUAUCCAUUGUGCUCAACUCCAUCAGGGCUUGAUUCUAGAGAGCCUCUUGAUCUUCACUUUGAACCAGGAGCAAGAACGUUUUAUGAUACCCAAGAGAUGUUGAGAAGGAAACUUGAGGAACAGGCUGAGUUACAGCAAGCCUUUGAACUACAAGGAAGAAGACUCAUGAAUCUGCAACUUGAAGACUUGAAGAGUCAUCGCUAUUAUACUCAUCAAAAUUUAUCUGUUGGGUCCACCAUUCCCUCACCAACUCUCAGUCCCAACAAUCAAAUCCCCAUUCUUCCACCUGAUGGCAUUGAUCAAAAAGUCCCUACAGAGAAAGGUGACAACCCGGGUGUAGCCACUUCCCAAACUAGUUCUGCUGCGGGUGCUGAUCCGGAGUUGCAACAGGAAGUGAAUCUGACUUGCAGUAGUGGCAAUGUUGAUAGCAUGGACGAGGAGGAUAGAUCACAUCCUAAAGAAAGCGACCUUCCUGAAAGCUUAGAGCACUCUUCCCCCCUGAACAUGGCUUCUCUGAAAAAUGUUUACUCCAAAUGUCCAGGUCCUGCCAACACACCACCACAAUUUCAUUGUUGUGAACCUAAUUAAGCUCUUCAAGCUUAUUGUUUUGAUUAUUUUCAGAAAGGUUUAGAAGCACAAAUGAAAGAAGAAAAAUCCUCAAGCUGCUUACAGCCAACAAUCAUACCUACCAUCAAAGAAAUUUGUAGACAAGAUCUCAGGAAUUCUAUCACCAUCAUCAACAACAAUAUUAGAGAUACUACUUAGAAUGAAUAUAUAUGUAUAAACCCAUACGUAAAAAGGACAGAUGCACUGAUUUAUGGGAGUGGGGUCUCUCUCUUUCCUUGCUUUAUGCCCUGUCUCUACAGGUGUGUGUGCUGGACCACUCAGCAUUAAUGGAAGAAAGGCUAGCUUGUAACAUGCAAGCAUGGAUGAUCCUGCAAGUAUUGCUAUUAUAUUGCUAUUUCUA